AGGUGAGUUGGUCAAAAAUAGCUGCGACGUGUCAUUUGUGGAGACCAAGCCCCGCUCCUCUUGGCCCUGUCAAUCACAGCACAAAACAAGAUGGCAGAACGGAGGAGCUGGUUCUUCUUCUUCAUAGCCUGUGCUGUCAGUGUUUGGGGGGCCAAAGCAGAGUUUAAGUUCACUGUCCCUGUGGGAAAGUUAUUUACAUAUGAACUCAUGAGAGAGACUUUCCAGAAUGACUUUGAGCCUUUAUCCAAACUUUACGCUGGUAACUUGUAUGAUGACCCCAUAAUAUUUAAGUGCAAGUUGCAGAACUUUCCCGACCUCCCCGAGUGGAUAAGGUUCACUCAGAGACAUCCAUAUGAUAAUGGGUUUCUCUAUGGUACACCCAUGGUUCCUGGCAAAAGUAUCAUUGAGGUUUGGGCUGUAAACAAAAGGAGCUAUCAAACUACAAGGCAAAUUGUUGUUAUCAAAGCUGUGGAAGAGAAGAUCCUGCCUUAUCAAGCAGAGUUCUUCAUUAAGCUGCGGGAGAUUGAGAAGGUGCUGCCCCCUGCUGUUCAGAGUGAGAUAAAGGCUGACCUGCAGAGACUGUGGAACACUGAGGCUUUGGAGAUCGUGAACAUCACUAAUGCCCUGGACAGAGGGGGCAGAGUGCCCCUCCCUCUGGCAGGACACUUUGAAGGCGUGUAUGUGAAAGUGGGCUCGGAGCAGUACUUCUCAAACUGUCUCCUUAAGGUGCUGAAUCCGGAGCACUCCAGACAGUGCAGUGGAGCCGACAAAGGGGCCAAAGUCAAAGUCCCAGGAGAAUGUAACUUCUGCAGUAUCCCUAGCAACUGCAUCACCUGGUGCAAGACGCAGCUGUUUGACCUGUCCAACCCGACGCCUGCCCCUCCCGCCCCCACCAUGGGAUCCGGGAUCAUGGAGGAGGGGGGAGACUUCGACCCCCCUGAGUCCCCCCCCAGCAGAGACUAUUUCCCGGACUACAUUGUGACUGUAAUCGUGCCUCUUAUCAUUGCCAUUGUGCUGUGUGUGCUGCUGGCGUAUGUUAUGUUCUGCAGACGGGAGGGAGUGUCCAAAAGGAACGCAAAGACAAACCAAUUUCAGCUGUACCAUCACCACACCAUUCACGAUAACGCAGAUGAGCUGAGAAACAUGGCAGCAGAUCGCAGUGGACCCCCGCCUCUGUCCACUCUGCCCAUGUUUAACUACAGGACGGGCGAGAGAGCCCCCCCUUUACAGUCCGACAGCAUCCCCCUCAUCCUCGCCCAGCAAGAGCCCCACAGUGACCCACAGCCCAGAUAAAGCUACAUAUAUUGAUUUUACUGUUUUAAUUUGAGAAAGUAGUCAGUGGAAAUAAACCUAAAGCAGCAAUGACCCAAUGUGCAAUAAUACGCUAAUAUUCUUAUGUAAUAAUGUUGUGUAUUUAUGCGGAAAUGAUUUGCAGUGACAGCUAUUAUGAAAGCAUUUUUGUGUUUUAAAUCGUACAUACUGGUAGUUAUGGAGCUCAACAGUGAUUUCCCAUUCACUUUUCUCAUAGACUUCUGGAUAAAAUGUAUAUUAAACGCUUAAUAGUUUGCUCGGGGAUAAUCAGCUAUAUGGCAACUAACAACAACAAGACCUAUAAUUGUAUUUAAGAUUUGUUUUUGAAACUUUACAGCAAACUUCCUAAAACAUUUCAGAUAAUCUUGCAUUUUAAACUGCCUUUUUGAACUUAAAACAACCACGUUAUGGAUAUUAGUGUGUAGCAGGUUAGUCUUUGAACUUGUUAUAUAUGAAUUUAUGAAUCUUUCAAAAAGUCUAUGGGAAAAAUUAUUGGGUUCAAUUUACUCUGCUGUAAAUUCUGGUAUUUUUAUGGCAUUAACUGAACAAAAGUAAUUUAUUGUACAUGUAAUUGUUUAAAAAAUAAUUAUAGUUGGUGGUGAAUAAAAUGAAUUUGUUUUUAAGACUUUGCCAUAUUUACAUCAUGAUAGUAAAGGUCUCCACUUACUUCUCUCCUGGGAUAUUAUCUGGAAUGUUCCACAGUAUGGCACUUAACUUAACUGAGCAGCUGACGCCACCAUACCAGUUGCAAGUCAGAUCUGUGGAGAGGCGGACCCGCAAACAGCAAUAAUGCGAGUUUGUCAAGAUAUUUUUGAGCAAUAAAAACACAUGCAGUUGUAUAAAAGCAAAAGAAAAUACAUUUCUCGAAUAUUCCAAGAAUGCUGAACACUCCACCAUAAAAGUUAUGUACCUGUCCUUUAAAUAUAAACAUAAUCUUACCUUAUCCUUAAUGUGCUGGUGCUGCAGAAUACAUCCACCAGGUGUCACUGUAGCGUCUGGAAACAAAACAGCACACAUCUCUCCACUCAUCCUCAUAUUCCAAUAUAUAACCUUUUUGUGUGAAUUUUUCCAUAAUUUAGCUUAAUUAAUAUACUUAAAUGUGUUUUUAUAGCCUAGAUUAAUCUCUGGGCCUGUUUUCACUGCAUAUGGCAAAUUUCAGGGCAACUAUUGUGGAACGCAUAGGUCUAUAUUGGGCCCCACUAAUACAAUAUAUAAAUGUGUAUGUGUCAAAUGCGCUUAAGUCAUAAUGUUGUUGGGGUUUUUUUAAGUUUCACAACAGUUGCACACAGGACAGUGAAAACUUAGUAGACCACUUCACAUGCUUUAUUUCAGCACCCAAAAUAAUUAAAAACAUCUCGAUUUAUUAUACAUGUACAAAAUAAGUACAGAAUCUCUCUUUAAAACCAUGAAAGUGGGUCUGCUUCAAAUUUCUUUUUUUCUAGAAACCCUUCGAGAAAAGACAUCAAGAAACAAACAUUAACAACAUGGAGAGAUGUGUGCAAGAUAUUUUAGUGAGAAUUUCCACAGUGGUACAACAGACAAGAUGCGGGUAAGAAAGUUAAAGAGUUUUAAACCAGGGAUGAGUUGCUGUAUCUACAAAUAUAUACGAUGCAUGCUUUACACCUUUGCAUAGGACCUCCAUUAUCAAACCAACACGUCAGAAGAGAAAAUUGCACUGCAUAGACAACAAAAAGUCAAAUUUAUAGCACCAUGUUUUGCAGGCAUUAGUGGAAAUAGUAAUAGAAACCCACUGUCAGAU